GUUAACUAAUAAUCCAUGGAGAAACACAUUCGCUGCUUGCUCCAUUAUUGGUACCACUCGAUCCCUCUCUCCAACAUUGCUAAAUAAAGACAGAACACUUUGCGAAGAGUGAGAUUUUCAUUACAAAUUUGAUUAGAUUGCUCUUUAUGAGGUGACAGUAUCGAUUACUACACGUGCUGGUUAAUCCUCAAAAUUCUUUUUAAGGAUCUUUUAGUAACUGCGAAAGAUUCCAAAAAGUGUUUUUGGGUUUUGUUUCAUUUUCCUGUUUGCCUCAGAUUCGUUCUUGUCAUCUUCAAAAACCAUAGAAUUUGAUGUCAUGCUUGUGGGUGCUAGUGCAUAACAGGCUUAAGAACUCAUUUGGUCACAAUACUUUUUUACAAGCUUUGAAGAUUAAGAGCUACUCUGUUAAAAGAAUACUUCAGACUUUUGGUUGAAACUGUAUAGAUAGUUGACAUGGUUCAGAACCUAGAAGCUAUCAAGGGCAGUGGAGGUUCCAUCAAGGUGGGGACCACUGGAACAAUCAGUGCACUGAUGACAAGGGAACUGGAAUCCAUUAAAUCUGCAUCACAGGCAUCAGUAUCUCAUCAAGAUAAGCCUAAGACUGUUCCUAUCUCAGUUCCCUGUAGUGCAACUACUCCUAGAAGACUACGAGCAAGAAAAUCAUUGGAUGAAGCAAGCAGCAGUGGUAGUAGCAGCAGUACUAAAUGUAGAAGCCCUGAAACAGCUCGGAAGAUGAAAAGCUACACUAAAAGUGCCCAUCGAAUGCCAAUGCUCCGUUCUGAGAAUGUAACACUGGAGAGAACUACUAGUAGGGAGAAAACCAAAAAGAAAGGGACUAACAUUGUUGAAGUUGUGGACAUAAAAUGUGGUCAGCCAGAUAAGGCAUGGAUUAGCCCGGUAACCAGCAAACUCAAGAAGCUUGGUUUCUCAAAGCUAUCUGAGAGCAUUGUCUAAACUUGCAAGUUCUUGACAUCAGAUUUCAGGUUCCUGUAACUGAACCCUGAAGUCCCGAUUGGCCGGUUGUUGUUUGAAACUUCCACCAUAGAACACAUGCUUGGUAGAAGCCUGCUGCUUCCUUUCUUUUUCUUUUUUGGGGUUGUUAUCACAGAUCCAAGGGUGGAUUUGGAUUGAAUACUACUAGUUGAGGCUAUUCCAGAAGUAGUAUGGGACUUGGGCUUCUGUGAGCUUUCUGGACAGGCUAAUUCUAGUUGGCUGAAAUACCUGAUUUCUUGCAUUACGAGGGACCCAAUGGUUCCUCGAGUGCCUAUGUCUACAGGAUUCUGUGCUGCCAUGUCUUCAGGACUUUUGUGGUUAUGGUGCUAGAUUUAUGCUUGUUUUGUUUGUUCAGGUGAAGUAGGCUUGCAGACGAAGAGAAAUGGGUUGGGAUCUUGAAUCUUGAUCUGGGAGGGGGAAAUGCUUCUCUGGGGCAUAUGGUGAUUGGCCCUAUAGCCUCCACCCAGUGUUUUGAUAUGAAUUCUUUACCUCAUGUUCUCUAUCUGAAGUGAAGAGCAUUAGAUUUCCCCUAUUUAAAAGAUUAGAUAGUGACAUGUUCAUUGUAUUCAUGUGCUUGCUGUCUAUCCAUUUAAUUUGCUAACCACUAUACUGUUUCCUCUUUUAACAUGAUGGUUCUGAUUCACA